AACGUCAAUUAAACCAGAUAGAGAAGAAAAUGUUGAGCAUUUAAAUGGUCUUUGUUUUGCGGCGGCUUCGUUUCCGUAUGUUAACCUUAAUCAGAAAAUGUACGACAGGUAUGUUCCUACACUCCAGUACGUAUUUGGUUCGCUAAUGUACAGCUCGGCCCACAGUUUCAAUACACCUGUAUAUAAUUCCUUAUAGCUGUUAGCAAUAUUAGCCCUUUCCUCCCUUUAGUAACGAUGAUUCUUUGUGUGUUAAUCGGAGGCAUUAUUUUGUAACCCGAAGUGUGUCGGUGAGUUUUAGCAGUAGUAUAAUAUUACAUUAAAUGUACUGAAAUAAGUCAACAGUUAAUAUGGAGGAAAAGCAGUUUACAGCAUUGACGGUUCCCACGGAUUAUUUUCAGCAGUGGUACCAGGCCAAUCAGCAGCACCCUGAGGCCCAACACAUGAUGUCGUAUCACAGCCUGGGCCAUUACGCCGACGGCUACAUGGAGGAGCCUGUCAUGGCGGAGCUGUCUGUCCACAGGGAACCAUCGGAACCCCAGGAGCCCUUUUACCACAGCUACCCUCCGGCCUCCGGUCAUUACCAGGAGCAGAUUGGCCAGCCGAGCUUCAGCGAGCAUCCGCAGCAUCUGCAGCAUCUACAGCACCUGCAGCACCCGCAGCACCUACAGCCCCCGCAGCAGACUGAGCAACAGCACAUGAUCCAGCAGCAGGAACCUGACCUUCAACCUCACGCUCCUCCUCCUCCAGCCGUGACGCCGGUAAAGAAGAAAAGAGGCCGACCGGCUAAGCAGCAGGUGGCGGAUAAGGAGGUGAAGGAGGAAAUGGAUGAAGCGGAAGCUGCCAAAAAGGCCAAACGGGUUCUGAACCGCUUCAACGGCAUGAGCGUGGCUGAAGUUAUGGCAAAGACGCUCCCUGACGUCCUAGCCUACAAUCUUGACAUUUUAAUAAUUGGAAUCAACCCAGGACUAUUAUCAGCCUACAAAGGACGCCAUUAUCCGAACCCAGGGAACCAUUUCUGGAAAUGUCUAUUUCUGUCUGGUCUGACCGAACAGCAGCUCAACUACAUGCACGACCAGAGCCUGCCUGAGAAAUACAGCAUCGGCUUCACCAACAUGGUGGAGAGGACCACACCGGGCAGCAAGGACCUGUCCAGUAAGGAAAUCCGGGAGGGAGGUCGACAGCUGCUCGAAAAGCUACAGAAGUACAAGCCGCUAAUCGCCGCUUUUAAUGGCAAAGGGAUUUAUGAAAUAUUUUGCAAAGAAAUCUUUGGUGUAAAGGCCAAGAAUCUGGAGUUUGGUCUGCAACCUUACAAAAUCCCAGACACUGAAACGGUGUGCUUCCUGAUGCCGUCGUCGAGCCCCCGCUGUGCCCAGUUCCCCCGCGCUCAAGACAAGGUGCAUUUCUACAUAAAGCUGAAGGAACUGCGUGACCAGAUGAAAGGUCUGACGCCCAACGGGGAGGUGCUGGAGACGCGGUACUCUUUCGACCUGCAGCUGGCUAAAGAGGACGCUAAAAGGAUGGCAAUCAAAGAAGAGCAAGUGGAUCCAGAAUAUGAAAGCUGUAGUGGGCUUCAUGAUGGGGUGAGGCAGAGCAGCUGAGACAGAGGAGAGGAGGAACACAGGCCAACUACUGUAGCACUCAGAAGUAGUCCAUAUACACCAAUUAGAAGACAGAAUGGCACCGUCGGGGUUGUAAGCUCAAAAAUAUUUUUUCCCGGAACAAGUUGCAAGGUAAAUCAGCCUAGAAACGAAAGAAGACUGUGCUGCACCCGUGGAACUGCCACCAAGAGACCUCAGCUAUUUUUCUAACAGUCUGGUAUCUGUUUUUAUGGUAUUUUUAUCACUAUUUAUUGCAUCAUGUAAAUUUGUUUCAAGUGAAUUAUUUUCUAUUUUGAUACAGUCGUAUCUUAUGAUUUAUCUGCUGUAUACAUGGAUUAUUGAGUUAUGUCUGAUUUGUAAGCACGGCUUUAUUAAAUCUCGUCUAAAGGUGA